GUCGCCGCUCAGUCUCGGUCGGAACUUCGUCGGGGUGAGAGCUUUCGCUCGCGGUUCGUUUGAACGUCGCGUAGCCGCGUGCCGGCCGCGGCAUCGUGUUCUCGCGCUUUCGAUUUUUAUUCUCGAAUCGAACACGAUUCAGGAAGAAAGCGCUCGUGUGACCGUCGUCGAGUAGCGUGUGAUCGCGCGAGAACGUCGCCGGAUAGUAACCGAUGGGGGAUGACGUUCGAUGGAAAACGAGAUCCGCUGGCUCGCAUCGUCGAGGAAUGGCGCGAAGAGGAGCGACGAGUCGAAAUUGCGCGUUGAACGUGCGCCGGCUAACGCGCUGACGCGCUAGCGCGUUGCUCGCGGACCGAAAGACGCCGCGAGAAGAGAAAACACGCGAGAGACUCUGAUCCGUUUGGCCCUCGCGCGAACCGAUUCGAUCGGUCCCGAGAUGGGCGCGUGGUCGCCCAUCGAUCGCGGAGCUUGAUCGAGAUUCGACGACGGCUCUCGUGGACGAACGAGAAGAAAGUUGUUCGGCCCGAUCGGCUAUUUUCGAGAAGGCAGUUUCGCCGAUUCGUCCGGCGAACAUCGCUCAUCAUGUUCGGCACGAAAUUGCGCACGUGGAUGGAAGCACACAUCGUGCGAUCGAAAAAGAAGAAAGACAGGAAGAAAGGGGACAAAGGGUUCGACUCGAACUGCAACUCUCCCAGAAACUACGCCGCCAACAGAUCUCCCGGGUUGCAUCAAGUUCAUCCGGUGGACUCGCCGACGAAGAACGUGGACGGAAUUCGGUUGCACGAAGGAAGCAGCCGCAACGGCACCGUGACAACCUCCUCGGCCACGUCCGCCGGUACGGCUAGUGUCAAUCUCUCCUCUCCGGAAAGCGCGUACAGCACCGGCUACUCGACGGACGGUACUUCGCCGGGAACCAGUUAUCCCCCGGAAUAUUACAUCAACAUCAGAACCGGCACUCAUUAUUUUCAAAGCAACGGCGUCGGCAGUGCCGCGACCGCCAACGGCAGACCGAAAAGGCCGGUCGAGGCCGCGGAUCUACCAUCCGCUACUCUCCUCCCGAGACAUGGAAAGUUCGAUCGCAACGUCGAACCGUCCUCCUCCGCGAGUAUGACCACCAGAGACACCGAUCAUCCGUCGAGAGACCACCGAACCAGCACCCCUAACGAGGUCGGCGGUGAACGUCUGGUGAACCACGAUACUAAACAACAGCGGCAACAGCUGACGCAAUCGCAGACGCAAUCGCAGGCGCAACAGGAGAGGUAUCAUCGGCGCACCGAAUCGUUUUCCGCGAACACGUCGAGAAAUAACCAAACCGUGCCAUCGUCUAUACCGCCACCGCUCCUAUCGCCCACGAUACAGUCGCCCCGUGAACGCUCUCGCAUCCGAACCAAUCCGUGGCUUUCGGCCAAUUCGUCCGGUUCGAGCAGUACCGGCUUCAAGUCCAGAUCGAACCUGGACGACACCAGCAGCGGCUCCGGCUUGAAGCUCACCGAAUCCUCCGGAAGCGCCAGCGACGUGAACGCGAACGGUACGCGAGAAGCGUUCGCCAGGAGGGAUUCGAAACACGAGAGCCUCAGCGCUGGACGAAGUCCGAUACAUCAUAAUUGGAGAAUAGCGUCCGGUCUGGAGAUUCGGCCGAAGAUAGCUUUACCGGUGCAACGACGAAGCAGCAGCAGCAGCCGCAGCAGCAGCAGUAGCGGUAGCGGCAGUGCCAGCAACGGAAGUAGCGGCAGCAACCAGGAUCAUAGCAGCGACGGCAACGGCAACGGUUCGUCCGGUUCGUCGAUCACGCGAAGCGUCAGGUCGUCCGAGGACGACGUUACCUUGAACGAAAUGAUGGGCAAAUUCGACGAGAGUUACGUGUACGAGAAAGAAACGGACAUCUUGUCCGACAGCGACCCGACAGAUUGCGAGGACUACGUCGAAUCGUUGUCGGAUCCGGACGCGGUCCAAGACGCCGGCGACGAGAACGAUCCGGUGGAGAACGACGAUUUCGAUUACAUCGAUAACGGCUCCUCGUUCCUCGAUCUCGACGGUCUCGACUGUUCCGCGCAUUUCCCCAAUACCGGUCACUGUACCUACUUCGCGUUCACCGGUGAACCCGCUCGACGAAGCGGCAAAUUGCGGGAAUCGUUGACGAGGCGCAGAAACAGGGACGACGCUACAAUACUUCAAAGGUCGAUCAGCGUGAAAAAUAAUGGUAAGAGACAGAGCGCGCGACGCAAGAAAUCGGAAGAGAAACAGCAGAGCGACAAGCGCAAGAAGAGAAUCGGUCAGCGGCGCAAGUCGAACCUGGAGAAACGCGACGGUGGCCGUGGCUGCGACGACGAAAUAGGCGACGAUGACGACGAGGACGACGACGAGGAGGAGGAGGAGGAAGAAGAGGACGACGAGGAGGAAACGGCGAAUAUGAACCGAGUAUUGGUCGAGAGAAUGCUACUGAAGAACUCGGGCUUUAAUCAAGGUAGCAGAAGCGUAGGCGGAACACCGAUCUGUCUGCGUCGUCGGAAACACGACGUUAACGAGAAUCCGUCGCCUAUAAGGUCGAACGACGAACGAUCGACGACUCGAGUCACCGGCCUCGACACGGAGGAGAUCCUCAAGAGACGUUCCAAUUCGGUGAGUUACGUGAACGGUAAUCUCGUCAGGCGACGAAUCAACGGCAACGCCUACGUGACCGCGUUCGCCUCGGAGAUCGCUUUGAUGGAGGCGGACAAGGAAGCGGACAAAAAGUAUCGAGAAUUGAUCCUCGAGGCGGAGAAUAUUUUGGUGAACAUGCAAAAGAAUCAACGCAGCGCGCCUAUAGUGCCAUCGCCUUCCCGUAAAUUUCACAACGGUCUCGCGAACAAACGAGUCGAACUGAUCAAGAACACGGAGUUAAACAUCGAACUCGCUCUAUCGAAAAGCAGAAACUCCCAACCGGAAUUGCAGAGCGGUAACAUCAAGGACAUCGAGCACACCAGUCCCAAGAGACAAUUUCUUCCGUCUCCGAUGCGCCGACUCGUAGAACGGAACGCGUCGCCGAUUACCGGCUAUCAUUUGAACGAUAACCCGUAUAACAGGCAAGAGACGCCGUUGCCGAUCAAGGGCCUGUCAGACUCUCCGCUUCCCUCGAGAAGAACAUCGCCCGGCCUCUCGCCUACCAACAGUUUGCUUCGUUAUCCCAGGCCGAGCGUCUACGAGCAUCAGGAUACCGACGUAGCACGACGAACGACGCCUUUCAAUAGCAACGACGCUUUUCGAUCGGACCUCGACGCUCCUUUCGCGCGCUCUCAGCCGUGCUUCCAGAACAGGGCUCGCGCCAUCUUCGCUCACCGAGAUCCUUCCGAUUCGAAUCGAGACUGUCGCGUCCCGAGAUCGUCCGGCAAGGAAGAAGGAAUCACCUCGAGCUCCUCGGAUUCGGAAGAGAAAUGCGACGUUAGGAGAAGAGCGCCACUGAUGACUUUCAGAUCGGUCGACAUGGGCCCGAUCAAGGAAGCUUUUUCCUAUUGUCCGCAAAGCGAACCGGUCAAAAGGAAAGUGUACGCGGGUAGCGCUACUUACGAUAGAAUCCAAAAGACGUUGGGAGAACAAGUGGCGUUAAGAAAUUCGGACGGUGACACCGCUACCGACGACACCGACGACUCGAGGAGAUCUUUGAGGGAGAAGGUGGCUCGAUUGCGACAAGAACGAUUAGCCGCGAACGCCAACGUUCAAGAUUCGCAAAUCUUUCAACACCAGCUUUCGCAACUACGAAGGCAAAUGUUGAUGCAAACUAUCGAGGGUCUUAAGCGAAGUCUCGAAGAUCAGUCGGCGACUCUGAAACAAACGUGCUUGGAACCGGUGAUGGCCAAUCGAUUACCCUGAACUUCCUCGUUGGAUUUGUUGGCGAUCGAGGAACGCACGGUGCUUCGUCGCGCGACGAAAACGAGACGAUGCGAUGACAAGAAGAAGCUGACGAUCCUCUUUCGGUUCGAUUUUUACCUCGAGGAUAAUCGCUUGCUCUCCUUCUCCGUCUCUCCUCGCAUAACGUUGUACCGAAUUAUAACGUGAUCUCGAGACUCGAGAUACCGGGAGUCAACGGUACACGGCGUAGCUGAAUCUCUACCUAGUUUAAAAGGGAAUCGAUAUAUUUUUCUGCCUGUCUACACGGUAAGAGAAUCAAAAUUCUCAACUUCUUACUUCUUUUCUGAGCCAUCGUUCUCUCGCGUUCUUUGUUCCGCGUCAACGUUACGAUCUACCGUCUUCUUUUCAUUUUUCGUUUCUUCUUUCUUCCUGCGUCUUUACUCUGUUCGCGACCGAUUCGCGUUUAAAAGAAAGUUAACGCGUUGACUGCCACGAGAAUCAUCGAUGAACGGCCGGUACCGAUACAACAUACGACGAGUCGCUUGAAAUAAUGAGGGAAACGAAAGAAUGUUCUCUACGAUGGCAAUUCGAUAUAGCAAAUUGAAUCGUCGAGCGAACGAGUUAUUCCCGUGGUGAAAGUCAACGCGUUUAGACGAGCCUUCUCGUUCGUCGAAUCGAUUACUUUCGGUAGAAGCGUUUGAUCGCGGAAAUCGUCGAUCGAUGGCACGAUCAUCCAUUCGCGUACAUAGUUUUCGAUCGCGUCGCGCGCUUUACGACGUUUCACUUAUCUAUAUUACUCGUAAUGUUCCUAUUUCUACUCGAUAAUUCGUACUUUCGAAACAAGAGAGCCACGGUAAACGGAUUAGCGGCAAAAACGUGGUAGAUUUUUGUCGAUGGGACGAACGUUUCCCGUUAGUAUACCAAAGAUAAUAGUUUAGCACGGUAGCAUUAGAAAACCGUUUAGUUAACUCAGCUAAAUACGCGUUCUUACUAUUAGACAGCUCUUACUAGUAUCGUUUUUAUUUCAGUUUCGUAGAGAAAGAACACCGUAUACCGCGUUACGUGAAAAAAUCGUCAUCUUCCAUAUAUACUCGUCAGAUUCGAUUAUCGCGAAACGUUCUUUACUUUCUUCGCGUCUGUCUUUAUAAAUCGCGCUCGAAACGAUUCCUCGAAUUCGACAAGAAACUCGACGGACUUCUUUUCCUUUCCGCAGAAAAUUUCUCGAUCAGCGUUUCGCGAAUCUUUCGCUCUGACGAGGUAGACGAGAUACUUUCGAAACACAGUGAUAUUUUUGCGAGAAUAGACUGAUAGCGUUAUCGAUAUUAUUGUUAGACGUAAGCGUUCAAUGACGAUUAUUUACAUGUGAUUUAUAUGUUAAACGGUUCAUCGAGGAACGACGAUUCGUAAUACGCACAUGAUAUUUAUGUUUGUGUUAGAUGUGCUAGAAACACCGUAGUAAAUGAAAUAUUAGAGGACAAUAGUGGUAGCGAAAUACCUAGUACGCUAGCUAACUAACCGAUUACCGAACUAAACGACUGUUUCUAUCUGCAGCCGUUUCAUGGAAACUAUCAUCCCCCUUUGUGAUUUACUCGCUCGUUUCGUUGAAAACUGUGAUUACGACUCGCAUAGCCAGUUUUAAGAGUUAUCGACGUAACUCGUGGAAAAUUUUCAUGCUUCCACGUGCCUCUGAGAACCUUUUUGUUUUUUUUUUUCCAUACUCGGCGCGUGUACAUAUACUUGGUUUUUAAUCGAAUACAGAUCUACUUUUCUUUUCUUAAACGAUCCAAGUAAACGACACGACGAUUACUAUAUUAUUAUUACUACCGUUAUUAACUCCUAUUCUUCUCCUUCUUAUUAUUAUUACUAUUAUUAUUAUUAUUAUUAUCGUUUUUUCAUUAUUUUAAUUAAUUAAGUAGAUCGAGACAUUCCGAAGAUGUAAACAAAGAGACGAGUUGUAAAUUUUCUUGUAGUCUUGCUUGAAAUCUUCGAUGACUCGUCGAAUGAUUAGCGAAUUAAACGUUCAAACUGUUUCCCUGUUAACGAGCAAUGCUAGUCAUCUGGUUAUAUUUGUGCAGGGUAUGAUCGACAGUUUUGAAUCGACUUUGACGGGACACGAAAUUAUUGUUGCAAAUUUUCUGUGUACUAAACCAUUUACGAGAUUAAAUGGUGUUUUUUUAUAUGAUUAUGAAUAAAUUAUAUUACGUCGUUGGAAA